ACACACCCAGGCAGCAUGCGGCUGGACCAGAACAGAAUGUCCGAGACACUGUUUCAGCAGGAAAGACUCCAGGCUAUAGCGGAGAAGAGAAAGCGACAGACAGAGAUCGAGAACAAGAGGCGGCAGCUGGAAGACGAACGGCGUCAGCUCCAACACCUCAAGUCUAAGGCCCUGAGGGAGAGAUGGCUUCUGGAGGGAACCCCAUCAUCUGGGUCCGAGGAGAACGAGGUGAUGAAGAAACAGUUCCUGGAGGACGAAGUCAAGACCAAACAGCUGGAGGAGAUCAUCCAGAGACUCGAGAAGGAGCUCGAUCUGCUCGAGAAUGGAGACACUGCGAUGUCCAAAGAAAACAGCAUUGAAGACAAGCUUAAAGAUGAGGAAAAGGUUCCCGCAGGCAAGGAUAGUGAGGUCACAAAGAGCCAGGGCAGCCCAAUGCCAAAUAAACCUCAUGGAGAAACAGAGAAGUUGAAGGCCGCGAUGUUUGCCAUGGAGAUCACUGUGGAGAAGGACAACAUAACGGGGGAGACAAAGAUCCUGUCCAGCACGCCCGUGACUCCCAAAGACCUCGCACAACGCGGGGUCAAAGUAUAUGAGGAUGACCUGAAAGUGGUGCACGAGGUGUGUAAAGGUGAUGGAGCCAUGGAGAACGGAGUUCAUCAGCUGAGCACCACCGAGGUCAAUGCCCUGAUACAGAAAGCCGACGAGGUAACAGACUCCAGCAGAGCGAGUGGCCUCCUUGAGGGCAAAGUACCCUCUGCUCAGCAACAGACGACCCCAGGAAAGCUAAGGGCGGAUGGAACAGCCGGAGGGAGCCUUCGAAGCCUAGAGAAAGGAGCAGGAGAUGGCACUGAGCCCUGCAAAGAGCAGCCCGUGACCAUGAUCUUUCUCGGUUACCAAGACGUGGAGGAUGAGAACGAGACUAAAAAGGUCCUGGGGUACGAGGGAACGGGGAAAGCAGAACUGGUGGUGAUUGAGGAUAUUGAGAGCAAGAACGAGAAGGCGUCUGGGGACCAGGCACCUCCCAACGGCGCUCCCGCCGAGCCUGCAGCCCAGACACAGCCCGGUGACACCAAGGAGAAGGCGGAUGGCGUGGGGAAGGAACCGGAAGGUGAUGGCAAGGAUCUGAAGGAGAAACAGCGUUGCCAGUGCUGCAUUGUGAUGUGAUCUCGUGCUGCCCGCCCCCACCCCCCACCCCAAACUCCCUCUUGUUGUACAGUUGGAAUGUUGUAUGUUCAUAGUCUUCAGAUGCACCAUAUUGUCUUCUACCGAUAACACUCAUUUUAAUUAGGGAUGCAAAGGAGCCCAAAGCGAUCCCGAGCAAAAGGGGGACAUUUUAUUAUAGGAAUUUCAGCCACGCUUACAUAGCUGAAAGCUGAUUGGCUUGAAGGGUAUCCUAAACACCUUGACUGACUUUCUCUUGAGCUCUAUGCAGGCUACCUUAUGAUGUCGUCAUGAUGCUUUGAUAUCAACCGCAAGCAGUUCCAGGCACAACAGGGUAAAGUGGUCCAGGCUCCAGGGUAAGGUGUUCCAGGCACUGUGGUGAGGUUUACAGUGUUUAGACUUUACCCCAAUGGGGGAUAACUAUCCCCGAGAACUAACCCCUUGAUAAAACAAGGCGGGAAUGAAAAUAGAAGCUAGUCUUUUAACCUGUCCUUUCAAUUCUCAGCAAAGCUCCUACAAAGUCGUGAAGCACUAUAAAAACACGGUUCCAGUUUCUCCAAUUGCUUCCCCAGUCCUCAUAAGAGCAGAAUUAGACACAAAUAUCAAGCCUUUUGUACCAGGUCAUGUGGAUUUCCUGAAUCUCCACAUCAGCAUAUCACAGUCGCCUUCUCCCAUCCAACUCUUGUUUCUUAACCAUUGGACCAUAGACUCUAAUUCUUCCACUCUAUGGUAAUAUAUGAUGCCUCCAAUGUUAGACAAACCCUAUGUGCUGUGUUCACUAUUUCAGUGCUUCUCAGAGUGAGCCUGGUCCUCCUUCCCCAGAUGUGGUAACUCCAUGACCUCCAUCUGGUUGAAAACCCUCUGAAAUGGACCAAGAAACUUUUUUUAUAUUCAAAAUGUUCUAACAUCUAAUUCCUAUACUGUUCUCGUCCACAAGCCUUCAGAACUUCGACCAUCUCAAUCUCUUGUACUAGUGUUUCUCACCCUUUAUCAUUAUCAGGAACAGGCUCCGUUUCUUCUUAAAAUGUGGCCGGUCAUUCGGAAAUGAGCCUGUCAGGUCACUCAAUCUAAAGGGAUCUCCUGUAUGGACAGGCCAUGAGGUUGUCACAAACCUCGAAUUGCUUGGUGAUAAAUACUCUACACUUGUUUAGUCAAAUCAAACUCUGUCACAUUUUCAACAGCAUUUUCUUCUCGCAUAGAGCAAUAAGAAUCUGGAACACAUUGCCCCUGGAAGCUACAGAUAACAAAUCAAUCGAGGGAUGUAAGAGAGAGAUACAAUAGAUACUUGGGGGAUAACGUUAUUAAGGGGACCUAUGGGGAGAAAGUCUAUCUGGGUCUAGAUUUACUUUAUUUUCUUCACAUCUUUGAAGCCGUUUUUCUGUAGUUUCUUAGAAAAACAAACGGCUUCAGACUUAAGGCUGUAUUUACAAAAUCUGCCAAAUUCUGGAUGUUCUGAAACACCAAGAAAAUUAAGUAAAUCUAGAGGCAGGUGGAAUUUAUACCCAAUGGUGAAGAAGUGGGAUGAGGGGAGAGAACUUUGAGUGGUCUUUGGUGGAGCAAAGGAACAUAGGGACAGGAGUAGGCCAUUCAGCUCCUUAAGUCUGUUCCGCCAUUCUAUUAGGAACAGGCUCAAUGGGCCAAAAUAGCGUCCUUCUGUUGCUAAUUUUCUCUAUUCAUAUGGGAUCCCAAUAGUUCCAUCAACACUGAAGGGAACCUUGAACAUAGAUGUACUCUCGGCAAUAAAGGAGCUUGCAUCUCUGCCCUGGCUGGAGAUAGUUGGGACCACCGCAAGUGAGCAUAGCCAUGGAGCUGACGAGCAUUUGCCUGAAGAAAUAGUCUGAACUCUUUGGAUUAUCAGAACCUUUGCAUCCCUAAUUUGAACACACUUUUAUAAAAUCACACUAAAGCACCGAUACUAUUGAGCCAGAUCAGCGUAUCCUACACACUGCCAGUUGCCAUGCACUACUCUCAAUAUGUACGUCGCGAUACAAUGGGACCAUUUUAUUUCCGUCUGUGCAUGUUCGAAAGUUUCAAACCCCAGGGCAGAGCUUUGUGAAAGCGGGUGGGCAACUUUUUGGGGGGA